AUGCAAUCAUUCCAACUGAUGAGUAAGCGUCCCAGCUCACCCCUGGACAACGCCAUACCCACCAUCAACGUGGACCAGAUCCAACCUCUGAUCAACUUCUGGAGGACUGUGCAGACCGCAGGCUUCAGCGAGCACGAGGUUCGCACACACAUGUCACAGCUGUUCAUGGAUAUUAUCAUGAACUUCUCUGAUCAAAUCCUCAGUGGUGUGGGGAAAAUCAUCGCCCGGGAACAGCUUUCGUCAAGUGAUGCUGUGCUCUCGGAAGAUGCCGUGAAAGACGCCCUGAGCGCUGUCCUCCGAACCAGCUUCAAGACCAGUUCUGCUGAUGAGUAUUAUGCACUUGAGAAGGCCCAUGAGCAGAUAAGUGCUGAGGUGACUGACACUGUCAACUCGGUUCUGAGUCGCGUGGGAUCUCCUGGAAGCAAACUGACAGUAGACAAAGAACAAGGCUACACCCCAUCCAGAUACAAGCUCCUCAGCAUCGUCUCCAAUGCCCAGAAGUUCAUGCAAUGCUGUUGGCCAUGCAGGACAAAGAUCUCAGGUGAGGAGAAGCCGGUGGACAAAGAGCUACAAGAGAGGCCAAACGUCUCAAAGUCAGAAAUGAACUCAGACGGAACGGGCUGGGAGUGGCCGAAUCUGUGGAGACUGCAAACCUGUCUCAGAACGGUGCCUCUGGGAUUUCGAGUUUUGUUCCAGAGAUCAAACCCAGAUCCGACUCUGCAACCAGUGAGACACAAGAAACACAAGUGGAGAGUCUCCCUACAGAAACUGAGCAGGAGACAACCAAACAGACCACUCACAGCUCUAGUGAUGAAAGAGCUCCUGGAUGAAGCAGCAGUAACAGUUGCCCGAUCUUCCAGCCUGAACAAAGAUGAGGCUGAGGUUCUUGUAAGCAGACUGAGUGAUAAGAGUGAAGCGGAUGCAGUGUCUAUCUACUCCAUGAUGUUGGACGAGAUGGAUGAAAUCCGAUACAGAAACUCUCUGGACUCUGAUGAGGCUAGAAGUGUGGUUUGGAAGAACACGGUGGUGCUUGUAGGAGUCCCUCUGCUCCAGCAGAGGGAGUAG